CCUUGGAGCCGGUGUGUGUGCAGAGUGCUGGAACCUGCGGAGCCGAGCAGAAGCUGGUCGGAGCCCGAACGGAUGGAUGUAUCGGGGCCAAAGCCGCGAUGGGUCCAGGAUCCCGCGGAGAGAGUAGGGAGCCGGCACAACCCGCGCCCGUUCCUCAAGCAGUGCUAUAGGACUCUGGUGAAGGGCUGCCUCCGGAACGCCUGCCUGUUCGAGGACCCGCUUUUCCCGGCCACUCGGGCGUCGCUGGGAGAUGUCCGGCAGCAGGUGGUUUUCUGGAGAAGACCGCAUGAAAUCCAUUCGAAACCCCAGUUUUUUGUGGGAGGGGCCAGUCGUUUUGAUGUGUGUCAAGGAAAAGUGGGAAACUGCUGGUUCCUGGCUGCCCUCGCUUCGCUCACUAUGCAACGGGAACUCUUCGACCACGUCGUUCCCCCAGGCCAGAACUUCCAGAGGGAAUACUGCGGCAUCUUCCGCUUCCGGUUCUGGCAUUUUGGUGACUGGGUGGAAGUUGUCGUUGAUGACCGUCUCCCCACCGACAACAACCAGCUGAUCUUCGUCAGUUCAUGUGACAGGAACGAGUUCUGGUGUGCCCUCCUCGAAAAGGCCUAUGCCAAGCUGUACGGAUCCUAUGGAGAUCUGCAAAUGGGACAAAUCGCAGAGGCCAUGGUGGACUUCAGUGGAGGGAUUAAGAUGGAGAUCUCACUGAAGAGCUCACCCCCCAAUCUCUGGAAGAUGCUGAAGAGGGCCAUCGACCUGGGUUCCUUCGUGGGCUGUAGUACCUCAGCUAUGAAAACCGGUGAGGUAAAGACAGCUGAUGGACUGGUGAUGACCCACGCCUACUCGGUCACAGGAGCUGAGGAGGUGAGGUACCAGAACCAGAUGGAGCAGCUGGUGCGAGUGAGGAACCCGUGGGGGAACGAUGUGGAGUGGAACAAGGCCUGGAGUGAUGGGUCCUUGCAGUGGAGCAGGGUUGACGCUCAGAUCCGGGAACGCUUGUUGCUGCCUCGCGACGAUGGAGAGUUCUGGAUGGCAGUGCAGGACUUUGAGAGGGAAUUCAGCAGGCUGGUGAUCUGCAGCCCCACCCCAGACUUCCUGAAGGGAGCAGGGCAUCAGGAGUGGGUCAUGUCCAUCCACCAUGGCACCUGGCUUAGGGGCGACAGUGCCGGAGGCCCCCUGCACAGGAACAACGGUCUGUACUGCAACAACCCCCAGUACCGGGUGUCCCUGACUGAGGACAACAUGGACAGUGAGACGGGCACCAACUGCUUCCUGCUGUCCCUGCUGCAGAAACCCCGGAGCCAGCACCGCAGCCUCGGCCUCAGGCUCAGCAUCGCCUGCCACAUCUUCAAGGUGCCGCCCACACUGCAGGUGCAGGACCAGAAGCUGCCCCGGACAUUCUUUGAUGAGCAGUACUUGGUAAGACGGGGGUUGGCAUAUGUGAAUGCCAGGGAGGUGAGCGAGACCUACCAGCUGGGGCCAGGCACCUACGUCAUCGUGCCAAGUGCGAACCAGCCCAACGAGCAGGCUGACUUCAUCCUCCGCACCUACUUCCAAAAGGGCAGCCCGCACAACACGGAACUUUCACUGAAGAGGCAGGAGUACGGCGAGUGGGAACAGAUAUUCGAUCAAUAUGCCCAGCUCCCAGAUCGCAGGUGGUCACUGUCUCAAUACCACGGGCCGGACAUGACAGGUGACCCGCUCUCACCAAACCCAAUGUCACCUUCCACAAUAAAGACUUGGCGGAGCUGGGGUCACCAUAAGAAUGGCGUAGAGAGCAGAUCCUUGCCCACGUCACCAGUGUCACCCCCUCUGAAGAAUGCAGAGCUGGACGCCGCAGGGUUGCAGAAGGUGCUGAACGAAGUCUUCCUCUGCGACGAGGUGGCAGCAGAGGGUUUCAGUCUUGACCACUGCCGUGCGAUAGCACUGCUCAUGAACUUUGACAGCUUGGGAAAACUCAACAAACAUGACUUCAGACACUUCUGGGGAAAGAUUGCGGCUCUGAAGAAACUCUUCCAUGAGAAGGACAUAGAGCACUCGGGACUGUUGGAUCUGACCAGCCUCUUCGAUUGCUUGUACGACAUGGGUUAUCCGGCCGGGAAGUCGGGGCAGAAGCUCAUGUCCCUGAGGUAUGCCGACCCGCUGGGGAGGGUGAGCCUGGAGAGUUUCAUCCAUUGCUGCCUGCGCGUGGAAUUCGCCACCAAGAUGUUCGACAGGUUAAGCAGUGGCCAGCCAGGACUCAGUCUGAGUGCAGAAGAGUGGAUGCUCUUCACCACCUACUUUUAAUGGACCGGAUUGCCUGAGUCACUGCUUGGAGUACCAAAGUGAAGAUGAUAUCCUUAUCGGAAACAUUCCCACUCCAAGGGGCCUGGAACCCAGUGGGACUGAAAGUGAACUGAACUGGGAACUGCUGAGUGUUUGACAACGUGAAGGGUGCCCCCUUCUCUGUGUCCAACCCCUCCCUAGACCAAGGCUACGGAAGGCGCCAGUCAGACGCUGUCCUGUUCUGCCAACAGCCCCCCCGCACCCCAACCCCGGCCGACAUUGCCUUUCAUCCCGGGGAUUGCUCAGCUUCCGAGGCAGGCUCACACUUACUGCUGGACAUUCCACCCAGGAAUUCCUCAGGAGACCCUAUUCUCCCCACAUCCCUAUCCACUGCCCCUACUUCCUACUCCUCACCCACACAGCCAUGACCAUUUCCAGCAGGCAGAGAACCUGCACAGCGUUCAGACCUAGCUGGGCACAGGAAGAGGGUGCAAUCUCCAAACAGACAGUCCCCAGGGUCAGACUGGAGGGUGGUGGAGGGGAGGAGAUGCCUUGUCUGGUUCCAUCCCCCCUGCACCUCUCCUCCAGUGGUUCCACUAUCAGCUCCCUUACACCAGAUUUCAGCACUGGUAGCUUCCAUGUUCCAGCAGCUGUCUCCGCCUUCACCCUCCACUCCCCUUGCCAGCUCCACCUCCUCGCAAAUCCACCCAGCUGCCCCCGACUCGCCCUCCCUCUUCCUUUUACUUCCGCUUUCUCUGGUCUCCACUCUCAGUCUCAACCCAAAAUGUUGGCAAUUCCUUCCCCCCACACACAGACACUGCUCAGUCUCCAGAAGAUUAUUUGUUGCUCCAGAUUCCAGUAAGUGCAGUCCCUUGUGUCUCCCCCUGUGCCAUGUGGGCCUGAGUGCUGGAUGCCGCAAGGGUCCCUGUGUUGACAUUUUAAUUCUGUUUUACUGACACACCAGUCCCACCACUACACUGCGGGCUCAUCGCAACGGCAGUAUGAAACGAGGAUUCCCCAGGCAGCAUUAACGGAAAUAGCAAAGCUGAUCGAGUGAAAGGGAAAAUAAAGUGAGUCGCCAUAGCAACAGGCAAUGGCUUGGUGACGUUCUGUGAGCUGGAGGCUGAAGCCUCUGCUUGACUCCCUAGGCUGUGUUCAGAAAAUGCUGGGGGAAUAACAGUAUUUGACACCGUAUAUCCUUUGUCAUAGGGGAAAGGAUAUUGUGGGACACACCGUACCCCCCCAGUCCCAGGGGAAAGACUAGUGUGUGACACACUGUACUGCCAGUCCUGGGUUAAACUCCUUGUUCACCUCAAACCAUGAAAUAAUUCAUUUCCCUUUUAUUUCUCUGAUUCACUGUUCUACUUUGAGGCCUUUUGAAUGUUGUCUCUUUUCAAAAAGAAAUGUUAUGAUUCAGAUACGUUGCUGUGAAGCAUGUGACCUGUUGUGCUGCUCUGUGAGGCCCACCUAACAUUUUGAAAUUGAAGUAGAUGUGCCUGUAACACAGAUUGCAUCUGCAGGGAGUGAGAGAGAGCUAAUGUUUCAGAACCAUCUGUGGAGAGUGAGGCAGAUUUAGGGUUUCUGAUCCAUGACCAUUCGUCACAACUGGGAAGAGAGUAAGCAGUUAUAUGUGGCAGAGACCAUGGGGGAAAGGUGGACAGGUCAAAGUCGAUCUUUAUGAUGUGGUGAGGCCAAGGUUGCCGUGGGGAUCAGUCAUCCUGUCAGAUGUCUGUGGUAUGUGUUGCGAAAUGCCUUGCUGGGGUUUGUGUGUGCUACUGGAAAAAGUAAAACUGAGGCAUUCUCACCGAGGGGUGCCUUACACCAGAGGCAGCCAGUUCUGAUACGCACUAAGUUACCUGAAGCUGUAGAGUCCAGUAAUGAGUUGAAGAGACAGAAGAUGAGGGGCUUGAAUGGACUUUAUUGUCACAGUCGGGGUGGAGCGUGAAGAAAUUAAAGUGACUGCGAUAAGAAGCUCAGGUGCUUCCCAAAGUGAUCACCCAAUCACCGCUCAAAUUAAAUUUGAUUUCUGAGUACAUAUAUGUCUACUUUGGUAUUAAUUUUCUUGUGGGCAUUCGCAGUAAAUACAAAGAAACACAAUAGAAUCAACGAUAAACUGCACACAAGACAAGGCAAAAGACAACGAACUGCAAACACAAAAUAAAAUAAAAACAAAACAUGAUAAUAAAAGAAUAAACAGAUAUCAAGAAUAUGAGAUAAAAAGCCUCUGAAAGUGAGCCCAUGGGUUGUGGUAACAGUUCAGUACUGGGGCGAGAGAAUCUGUGUGUAGAGAUCACUCUGUGAAUACAGAAUACAGUUCACUGGAUCGGAAGAAAUCCAGGUGAAUCCCUGCUUCCUCUGGAGAGACUGCUCGUGCCCCUAGCUGGUGGGAAGGGAAGAGGUGAAAGGACAGAGGGAGCUCCUCCCGUGAUUGCGUUGGAAGGUGGGAAGGUGGGCAGUGGUUGAUAGGGAUGGAAGAAUGGACCAGGGAGUCGGGAAUGGAGCAUUCCUUCAGAAUGUGGGAAGGAGAAGAGGUGAAUGGUGGUGGAAUUUUGUAGGAGCUGGUGGGAAUUGUGAAGGAUGAUCUGUUGCGUGUGGAAGCUGAUGGGGUGGAGGGUGAGGAGCAGGGAACUGUUCUUGUUUUGCUCAGGAAUGGAGGGGGUGGGCUGAGACCAGAGGCUGGGAAAUCGAUGAGAUCUGGUGAAAAGUUCUGAUCGCAAUGGUAGAGGGGAAGCCAUGGUUUCACCCUGCCAGUACCUCGCACAGUUCCAGUGAACUGCACUUGGUGGCCACAAUGUUGUCUCCUUGACACAUGGAGACACCAGGCACAGAUUGGGUGGUCACUAUGUCUCAAUUGGAAAUGUUGACUGUCCAUCUUCCUGCACGGAUGCUGUCUGACCUGUUGAGUUCCUCCAGCAGCUUGUGUGUUGUUCCGGAUUCCA